GCACGCACAGCUGUUUGGGAUUUGGCGCAGAGUCGGUGAGUGAAGUCAGAAAGUGACCCCAUUUAGUUUCUUUGUGUAGCCGCGUUCACUGAGUGUGUGUCCCCUUUCGUUCUUAUCUAAAUACCAAAGCCUUUUUGGAUAUGCUGUUCUGUUUUCUCAAUAACCUGUUUUUGUAAUUCCUAUAUAUACCUCACCUUAAUCUCCUUCCUUUUCAAACCACAUCAGAGACUCAAACCAAAAAACAUAUAUCAUACAUGGCUUUCUUUCUCUCGUUCUUUGUCUUGCUUCUUGCUUCGUCUGCCACUGCUUGCGAUCGCUGCGUGCAUCCAUCCAAGGCUGUCUAUUUCUCCAAAGCUUCCGCUCUUUCAUCUGGGGCAUGUGGGUAUGGCUCUUUGGCCCUGGACUUGAGUGGUGGACACCUUGCAGCUGGUGUUCCUUCACUUUUCAAAAAUGGAGCUGGUUGUGGUGCUUGCUUUCAAAUAAGAUGCAAGAAUCCAACUCUCUGCACAAAAGCGGGUACCAGAGUGGUAUUGACCGAUCUUAACCACAAUAAUGAAACUGAUUUUGUUCUCAGCAGUAGAGCCUUUGUGGGGAUGGCUCAGAAGGGUAUGGACCAACAAAUAUUGAAGCUUGGUAUCGUAGAUAUUGAAUACAAGAGAGUGCCUUGUGAGUACAAAAGUAAGAAUUUGGGGGUCCGUGUAGAAGAAUCAAGCAAAAAGCCAGAUUAUUUGGCAAUUAAAUUUUUGUAUCAAGGAGGUCAAACGGAGAUAGUAGGCGUUGAUGUAGCUCAGGUUGGGUCUUCAAAUUGGAGCUUCAUGAGCAGAAACAACGGUGCUGUGUGGGACACAAGCAGGGUUCCCCAAGGGGCAUUGCAAUUCCGGUUAGUGGUAACAGCAAGGUAUGAUGGCAAGUGGAUUUGGGCACAGAAGGUUCUACCUGCUGAUUGGAAAACUGGAGUUAUAUAUGAUUCUGGUGUUCAGAUAACAGACGUUGCACAAGAGGGUUGUUCCCCAUGCGAUGAUGCCACCUGGUCAUGAUUCUUCACAAGACACUGUUCAUGUGUUCACGUAUACACAGAGAUAUACCCUUCCAUUUUGUUUGUUCAUACUAUAAUAUAUAACCUAACAAAGCAUCUCAUAUACUCAAGAAAUGUGGAGUAGCUUAAUAAAUUUGAAAAGUUUUCUUGUUUGUAAACUACUCAAUUUCGUCACUUUGUAUUCUUUUUUUCACUUACAAUAAUGUCUUUUUCUCAACUUAUUGCUGAAAAUGGAAUGUUAUUCUAACGUGUAUAAUAUAAUGCUCACGUAAACACAGUUGGCAACAGAAGCUAAAAUAUACCAUUUAUUCCUAAGUAUAUUCCACCGCUCUCAUUCUUGGUGUGUAUUGGGCAUAAGUUUGAAAAAUCAAAUCUUUCAGUUUUUAAUAAAUACAUGUUUUAAUAAAAAAAAAUUAAUAUUAAUUUAAUAGAUAUCGUAAUUACAAUUCAUUAUUAAAAAUUAACUGUAUUGAUAUCAAUUAUAUUAAUUUCUAAAAUAAAUAGCCCUUAAUUUAUGUUUUUUUGCUUCAGUCCAUUACCCUUGUAAUGUUGUCGAGUUUCCGUCCAUUGCCCUUGAAAGAUUAUUGUCAUUCUAAUAAAUAGGUGUUUUCGUUUCGUUCUACAUAAGCGUAUUCUAUAUAACUCUAAAGCCCAUCGAACUUUGAAUCAGUGUAGUCCAGCUCUGUUUAGUGCCAAGCUUUGGGCUUUUUAUGUCUGGGCUUUCUCUAAUGUCGUUAUCAAUAGAUUUACCAAAAAAUGCUACUCAUCACACUAGGAAAAAAAAUGCAAGUUACAAUGACUCCAAUAUUUUAAUUUGACCAGAAGACAAUGAAAAUAUCACAUCCGCACUCUUAAUUUUAAAAUGAGGAGUGUGACCAAAAUUUAAUGGUAACGAUAACAAUUAUUUAUAAUCCAACUUUACAUUGACUUAUAUGUAUAUUUUGAGUUUGACUGCUCUAUUUAAUUAAUUCAUUUUUCAACUUCAAUUUUGAAAAAAAAAAGUAUGAGGUAGAUAGAAGAUUCAUAGUGAUAUUUUAUUAAAUAUUUUGCAAUUACAAUAUAAUAAAAAAAUAUUGAGUUGUGGUUUGUCCAUUACAUAAAUUUUGUUUUUAUUUAUACGUGCUCCUUUUUUUAUAUUAGUCUUAAAACAACAACAAUAAAAAAAUUAUUUUAUUUUAUCUAUUUUUAACUCAAGCUCCCCUUUUACAAGUUAAAAUUUACAUUAUAUAGAAUGAUAUAAUAAACUUACAUGGUAAACUGUUUAUAUCAUGUUAUUUCAACAAAUAACAAAAAUAUGAUAUGAUAGGAAAAAUAUCUUAUUAUAUUGUGUUUGCUUAAUAAGCUCUUAGGAUUUCACCAUACUAUAAGUUAAAUAAAAUUAACUGCUAGCCUGUGCAUUGUAUGAGUCUGUUUAAUCAUUAUUAAGUAUUAGUGACUUCUCUGUGUCUUUCCUAGCUAUUAUUACAUUAU